AUGGAGACAAAUAGAUUAAGAAAAUCAAUAAAAGUAGAACUAGAACAUAAAUUCAUUAGACAAAAAGCAGAAUUUUUAGAAUUAGUAGAAAAAUAAUUGUAAAUGAAAUAAGAAAAACUGAAAGAGCAAAUUGAAGAAGAUUAUUAAAACUUAAUUAACGCAAAUGUUAAGAUUGCGGCACUUGAGAAAAAAAAUGAUGAAAAAGAUAAAAUAAUAGCUGAAUAAGAAAUAAUAAUUCGUAGUUACAGUGCUACAAUUAAUAAUCUUUAAAAUUAAUAUUAAUAACAUCCAUAACAUAAAAAAUUAGAUUUUGAAGAGAUUGAAGAUCAUAGAUUGGUAGAAUAGCUAAAAAACUAAAUAGAUGAUUUAAAAAUGAAGAACUUGAGGUUAUUUCUUAAGCUGACUAAGUUAUUAACAUUUUUCACAGAAUUUGAACUCUAUGAAAAAGAAUUUGCCAGAAUCGCAGUCUAAGAUGAUUGUUCAUAUGAGUAACUUUAUAAACCAAAAUUGCCAAAUCAAUAAGAUCUUUUAAAUUAGUUGUAAUAAUAAGAGAUACAUUUCUAAAGUAUUACAAAAUAAUAGGUAAAUAAUAUAUAAAUAUUUGGGAAGAGUAAUAUAAAUAAUUAUCAGAAAAAAAUGAGGAGCUUAAUUAAGAAAUGAAAGAAUUGAAAAAAAAGUUAAUGAGAUAUGAUCUUACUAAAACAUUUGAUAAGGAAAAGUAAAAAAAAAAAAUAUCGAACUUGGGUGAAUAAAUUGAGAAUUAAAAAAAUUAUAUAGCUGGCUUAAUAUGGUAGAUGUAGGUAAAUAAAAAACUUAUUAAUUUUAGGAAAAAAGUAAUACAACAAAAUGUAAAACAUUUAAUGAUAUACUCCUAAAAAAAAGAGUGUUAAGUACUGAAGGUAAUGAUCCUGUAUUCGAUGUAAAUAAAUCUGGAAGAAAAGUUAUUGUUGACCGAUUCAAACUUUCUACUUUAUAGUGUAUAACUUAAUAAAGAUUACACACAUUAAAUAAUUGA